UUAACCAGUGGUUUCAUCAGAUGUCCGAUGCAUACUGAUGUAUAGAGUAUGUAAGAAAACUACACCAACAAGAAAGCUGAGUUUCUAAUUGUGAACUCCAAACCUGUCCCAGCACAGGAGGCGGGGCUUUUCGGGAUAUGGGCGCAGUAGUGAUAAAAGGCUAAAGCAGAAGGGGGACAUACCAAACCAGGAAACAAAGCUAAAGGCACCAGAACGGACGCUGGACUCCAAGGACCUCUAACUAAGUCAUUUAGUUACAUAUUUAACACUUAAUUUAAUCUCACUUAAGCUUGUCCUGGCAUUAUGAUGCAGAUGCCCGAGCUGCUUCACAGCCAGAAGAACUCUCUGUUCACAGCCAUGAACCGCUUCAUUGGCGCCGUGAACAACAUGGAUCAGACGGUGAUGGUGCCCAGCCUACUGCGGGACGUGCCGCUAGAGCAGCGCGAUGCGGAGCCGGGGAGGUACCUGCGGAAUGCGGAGGCGGACAUGUACACCUAUUACACCCAGCUCAAGUCCAUCCGCAACGAAAUCGAGUGGGGCGUAGUGCGUGAAGAGCAGCGACGAAAAGAAAGAUCGGCUAACACCGCUGUUAACGCUGCUAACACGGAGCCCGAGGGCGAGGAUGGCACGGACCUGGAGCAGCUGCUGCAGUACCACCUGAAGGGGCUGCACGGUGUGCUCACCAAACUCACCAGCCAAGCAAACAACCUGACAAACCGCUACAAGCAGGAGAUCGGCAUCGCGGGCUGGGGCCAGUGAGAUUAUGCAUGUCCGAAGGAGAACGUCUUUCUGUGUGUUCUGCGCAUGCGUAGCAAAAGCAACGCUUAACACCUGUCUGAUCUAGUUCUUGAUCUACGUAAGAACGGACGUCUUCAACCAGCUGCCUGACUUGAUCUUUUACAAGAUUGAAAACUGAGCUUCUGCGUUCAACACAAGAAGAGACUGUCUGAGAGCUAGAAAGUAUUUCUUCUGCUACUGGUGAAACGCCCUUAUGCUGUCACAUAGCCGAAUAGCCUAAUUACAUUUUACCUCUGUUUCGACCGUUUAAAGCCCAGAUGAUGUGUACGUAACUGUUACUUUGUACGUGAGAGCUGUUGUCUUUCGUUCUAAAGUGUACCUUGCCAAUGCAGAGUGAGCAGAAGACCUGUUCUGGUCUUGUGAUGCUGGGAUUCUCUGACACUCUUUAAAGUGUACUGAAAACUUUGGAAUUUAAUGUAGUCUAUUUAUUAGUUUGUUGCUCAUGUAUGCAGAUGGCUAGUUUUACAGAGAAGGCGUGGGUACAUUCCCUACCACUGACGUCAAACUACCUGUGAAUCAAUGACUUGGAAUGCUUUGAGCAGUUCACAGUUGGUGAAAGUUAUGAAGAGCUUCCUGAGAUUCUUUUGUCUUUGUACUUUUGUUGCCAGUGUGUUUGUCCAAAGCAGUUGUUCUUAUUUUUAUAUUGGAAAUAAGUUUGUAGCAAAAUAAAACCUUUUGUAAAUCA